AUGUAUAUCAGUGGGGUCCCUGGUACAGGUAAGACUGCCACUGUCCACGCUGUCGUUCGUAAUCUACAACAAGAGGCAGAUUGUGGAAAUCUUCCUGACUUUGAUUUUGUGGAAGUGAACGGCCUGAGGUUGACCGAGCCUAAACAGGCGUAUGUCCGUAUCCUGCAGGCGCUCACGGACAGGAAGCUGAGUCCUGACCAGGCGCAGCAGGUGCUCAAUAGGAGAUUCUCCAAUAACUGCAAGAAGUCCACUAUAAUACUCGUAGACGAGCUGGAUUACCUGUGUAACCGCAGACAAGACGUGGUGUACAACAUAUUGGACUGGCCGACCAAGCGGGGCUCUGCGCUUGUCGUACUCACCAUCUCCAACACCAUGGAUCUGCCCGAGCGGACACUCAAGGGGCGCGUGACGUCACGCAUGGGACUCACCAGAGUCACGUUCCAACCGUACAGUCACCACCAGCUGCGAACGAUCGUGCAGGACAGGCUCAGCGGAACGGACACUUUCCACCCGGACGCUGUCCAACUAGUGGCCAGGAAAGUUGCCGCUGUGUCGGGAGAUGCUCGGCGUGCUCUCGACAUCUGUCGGAGAACUACAGAGCUGGUGGAUAGUGGAGAACAGGUGACUGUGUCGCAUGUAGAACGCGCCCUCACCCAGAUCUUCUCAGGCCCGAGAGUCGCAGUUAUUCAGAGUCUCUGUCGCGAGGGACAGCUGGUGUUGCGAGCGAUACGCGACGUCAAUCAACGGACGGGCGUUGAUGAAGCCAGUGCUUCGCAGGUUUACCAACAUCUGCUUGAGAUCUGUAUUGUGGAUGGGUGUCCUCGUCCUACAGUAGGAUCAAUGCUGCAAAUGUGUGUAGCCCUAGUCGCUCUCGGACUCAUCGUAGCGGAGAAGGGAAGGAUGGACAUCAUGCGGAAAAUGUCACUCAAUGUGAGCUCGGACGAUAUCCACUACGCUCUUGACAAAGUCACUGUUUGAGUCUGAUCGGUAAUUUAUUUUUUAAAGAAUUUUUAAUUGUAGGCCUAGAAGGUAUAUUGUGGAGAGUUCAAUCGCCGCUUGAAUUAUGGUCAGGUAAAAUCAAAGGUUUAAUAAUGGGUUUUCCAUCACUAAAUUAGUUGUUGUGAAAAUUAAAUUGACGCGAUAAUCCAUAGAUGGGAUACAAUCGAGUAUUAGGUAAUAGUUAUGUGCCUUUGCUUUUCUCAGUUGUGAUAUUGUUGGCUAUUAACAGAUCAAGUUUGAAAUUUGUCACCAUUUGCAAACCCUUUUGUGCCAUUUAUAAAAAAAAGUCAAAUGGAAAAUAUCUGUUUUGCUGUUCAUUUGAUUGUUUGUUAGAAUCUUUCAAACGGGUUUUCUGAGAGAAAAUAUUUUUCUAUUUCCUAAGCAUUUGUGCUGCAAACGAUUUUCAGAUUAUCAUUUUUACGAAUAACAUAGUAAUUUUGUGAACACUAAAAAACGGAUAAUAAUCUUAAAAGAGUUCUCAUACGAAUACUUUUAGUUUAUUCUAAGAUUAAAAUCGGCUGGCCUUUAAGACCAUUUGGAGAAAAUGCUAAAUAUAUCUGUAUGAUUCCUGUGUAAAGUUGCAACUAAGUUUCUGAUUCUGUGUUGCUUUCCAGUUUCCCACUGUAAUUUUAAAAACAAAGCCAAUUUCACAGAUAAAGUGAGCUUUUAACUAUGAAACUGUUUCGUGGUAGUUUUUAACAAAGGGCUAAAAGUAAAUGUCCCUAUAGUCUGCAACAAUUUGUUAGGAUGAAGGUUAUACAGUAGAGUCCCGCAAACUUGGCGUAAUGUGGACUGGAAGGGUGCCGAGUUUGUGAAAUGCCGGGUUAUCAGGAACUAGGGUUCAUAAUAAGAACAAUAAAAUCUUUAAGCUUUUUAACAGCCUUUUUUAUUUAUAUUUAUACUAGCUGUUGUACCCGUGCUUCGCAACGGAGAGUACACUGAAGCGAAAAAAUUGAUCUUGAAUUCUGUUCUAUAAAAUAGUUACACAUUCCCCUUUGGUUUCAGGAACAUAACUCAAUUGA